CCAGCCUUUACCGAGGAUGAAAGUGCUGGAGUCCGAUGUCGUGUUUGACAUGAAAACCACUCCACACAUCUGUAUCCCCUUGGAGCCAUGCCAGCUGGUGGCGAAACACCACGAAAGGGAUCACCGCCUUGCCAUACCAGUCAGUACGGCAAAGCGGCCGCGCGAAGCCUAUGAGAACAUGCAGGCGGACUUGGCCAGAUCUUUCAGCGCCAACAGUAUCAACGAGCAGCGACAAAUAGAGAGGCAUUUGCCGCCCUACAAGUCUGUGAAGUCUCAGUACUAUCGCAAAAUCAACAAGCGAUACCCAACGCUCCAUGGAAUAGGUGACCCGGGUUCAGUCUGGGCGGAGCUCACCCAGACUUGGGAGUCAAGGAACAACGUGAACUCCGAUGACCGCUACGUGCUAUUUGAGCAGGCACAACCCCCGUUCCUUAUCCUUGCGUCGGCCCAGGACCUCCGGACCCUGCACGAUUCAAGACACUGGGUGUGCGAUGGCACUUUCGACUUUUGCCCACCGCAGUUCAGCCAACUUUAUAGCAUUCACGGCUUCAAAAGAGGAGAAGGACUUCCUCUUGUAGCGGGACUCCUGCCAGACAAGACCCGGGCCACAUAUACGAAGUUCUUUGAGGUGGUACGCACUGCCCUGAUCUCUGCGUGUGGUGACGUCGGAGAACUCCGAUUCGGACAUUUCGACUUCGAGAUGGUCGCUAUCUCUACAUUCGAAGUGACCUUUCCGGGGGCAGAGUCCAAGGGGUGUCUGUUCCACUUCGCCCACUGCGUCAUCCGCAAGAUGGCCCAACUAGGCUUGCGGGAACUCUAUGGUGACAUCCAAAGGCCAGCUUUCAGGCGCUGGGCUCGCAGGCUAGUGAGCCUCGCCCUCCUCCCGGAGCGUCUCGUGAUGCCCCACUGGACUACAUCCCUGAAAGGCCAGACGCCGAUGACCGGAACUCCGAGGCUAGACGCAGCCAUAACGGAGUUUAGUUCUUACUUCGAGCGCCAGUGGCUCGUUUCGCCAAGACAGGUGGCACUUUGGAACCACUUCAAGGAUGAAGACAACCUGCGCACUACAAAUCACGCCGAAGGGUGGCACCGCUCGCUGAGCUCCCGUUUUCAGUGCCAGCCGAGGAUGCCCCUCGGGAAAUUCAUGGUAGAUUUCCAGAAGAAUAUCCACCACAUGACACAGACUCCUGAUAUAACACCUGACACGUCACAACGGCACAGCCAACACCUUGAGCCACCGCUGGGAUGA